UUCCAUCCACACACUAAAAAAAAUAGUGUGUAAACGGAUUUGGUUUAUAAUUUUUUUUUCAGUUGAACGAGUCUUAGUCCAGCAAUAAACACUAGUUAAAUAUAAUAAUAUACAAUACAAUAUGUCAUCCACUAAUAAUAGUACCAAUGUGUAUGGAGGAGAUGAAAUAAAUGCCGUAGUGUUAGAUCCCGGAUCAUAUAAUACUAGAUUAGGAUACGCAGGAGAUGAUUUUCCUAAAGUAGUUGUAUCAUCAUAUUAUGGAAUUCAUGAGAAUGGUAAUAAUAAAAAGAAUAAUAAGAAAUUAUUUGGAGAAUCAAUUGGAGUUCCUCGAUCAAAUUUCGAUAUUAAACCAAUAAUGAAAGAUUCAGAAAUAAUUGAUUGGGAUGCAGCAACUGAACAAUAUUCUUAUUAUUUUAAUUCAAUAUUAAAGAUUGAUUUUAAAGAACAACCAAUUUUAAUUACUGAACCAGUAUGGACUGAUAAUAAAUAUCGUCAAAAAUUUGUUGAAACAUUUUAUGAAACAUUUUCAUUUCCUGCUUUAUAUUUAGCAAAAGCUCCAACAUGUGUUUCGUUUCAACAAGGUAGACCUAAUUGUUUAGUAGUUGAUUUAGGUCAUGAUUCAGUUAGUGUAACUCCAGUUAUUGAUGGAAUAUGUUUACUUAAAAAUUCAAUGAAAACAAAUUAUGGUGGAAGAUUUUUAGAUGAUCAAAUUAAGGAUUUAAUUAAAUCAAAAGAAAAUCUUAAAGUUGAAGGAACUUAUAAAAUUAAAAGUAAAACUCCAGUAAUUUAUCCUAAUGAAGCCAAAUAUGAAUUAAGAGAUUUACCAGAAAAUAUAACAGAAUCAUUUGAUGAAUUUCAAAAGAAUAAAAUAUGGCAUGAAUUUAAAGAAAGUGUAUUAGAAGUUCCUGAUAGAAAAUUAACUACAUUAAAUCCAAAACAAGCACAAUCAUUAAAAGAAUUUUAUUCUCAAGAUACUUAUAAAAGAUUAUUUGAAUUUCCAACUGGUCAAUCAUUAGAAUUAGGUAGAGAAAGAUUUGAAUUGGCUGAAUCUAUAUUUGAUCCUCAAAUUACUAAAUUUAAUGAUGAAUCAUUAUCUAAGAAAUAUCCUCCAAAUAGUGGAGAACUUUCAAUUAAGAGUAAAUAUGAUGAUUAUAGACCAUUAAAGAGAAUUCGUAAAGCAGAAUCUAAUCAAUCUACUCCUCAACCUGGUAAUGAAGAAACUUCUGAAUCUAAACUGGAAGUUCGAGGUUUAUCUAAAUUAAUUACUCAUACAUUAUCAAGUAUUGAUAUAGAUUUACGAGCUUCAGUUGCUCAUAAUAUUAUUGUUACUGGGGGAGUUUCUUUAAUACCGCAAUUAACUGAACGAUUAUAUAAUGAAUUAUCUAAUUCUAAUCCUGGAUUAAAGAUAAGGUUACAUGCAGUUGGUAAUAGUAGUGAAAGAGUUAAUCAAGCUUGGAUUGGUGGUAGUGUUCUUGCAUCAUUAGGUACAUUUCAUCAAAUGUGGGUUAGCAAAGAAGAAUAUGAAGAAGCUGGACCGGAAAGAAUCUUGAAUCAAAGAUUUAGAUAAGAUGAUAUAGAAUGUGUAAUAAUAAACCUGUAACUGUAACAAUAACGAUCACAAUCACAAAUAUAAUAUUAAUAUUAAUUAAUUAAUCUAGGAGAGUUGCAAAAUGAUAAGACAUACCAAGUCGUGUGCCAACCACGAUAAUAAAGUAGAGCAACUUUAAAUAAUACAUGAAAUUAUGAAUUGAAUGAUAAAUUCAUUGUUAAAACCAAAAUACUUAGUAAGUAUAAUGUAAUAUAAAAUUGUAGGUUAGCUAGUAUAUUCUCAAUAGAAUUACGUAAAUAAAAUUGUUACAUACGUAUAAUAGAUACCUGUAACUUUUU